AUGGGUAUUCCGCGCCUGAGACGACAUCUGCAUCCCUUCUGCCAGGACGUCCUGCUUCAGAAUGACGCGGAUGCCAAUCUUGAAUGUAUAAGAUCUGUUGUGAUUGACGGGCCCAGCCUGGUGUACAAUGUGUACUCCCGUCUAUUGUCAUGGUUUGCAGCGACCAGCUGCAGUACGAUUGAUGCCCUUCCCACCUGCGAUGAAGUGAGCCGUGGGGUCAUGCUAUAUUUGAUGCAUUUGGAGGCGCUCGGCGUUGAGAUUGAAACCAUCUAUUUCGACGGUGCCUUGCCUGCACGGAAGCGCGAAACCCGGGUUAUGCGCCUUGAAAAUCAAAGGAGCAGGCUCGAGCUUUUCUGUGCAGAAACCAAGAAUGGCUUCAACACGUCCAAUGCUUAUAACGACAAUCGAACUGUCAGACUUGACAAAGUUUUACGCAAGCGAUCAACGCCUGCUAAGUACGACAAAGCUCCUGUCAGUCCUUUCAUAGUUCCAGCGGUGUUUGAAGACCUGAAAUGUCGCUGGAACAGGAUGAAUAUCACCAAUGCUACCGGAGCUGCUUUUCCUCUAGACUCGCUUGGGCUUCAGGAUUUCCCUUGGGCAAGUAAAACAACCAUGGUGUCGGGGGAAGCUGAUGCGUACUGUGCCUCCGCAGCAAGAUAUAUGGACUCUUGUGUCCUCACAAAUGACUCAGAUCUCGUCCUUUAUGAUCUCGGAGAUAAAGGCUCGGUAGUCUUUUUAGAUUCCGUUGAGUUGGGAUCUGACUCGACGCAUUCAUCAAUAUCUCGAGUUAAGGCUGCCAUGCUGCGCCCUUCGCUGGCCGCCCGACGGCUGGGAAUUUCCAGUUUGCUAUCGCUAGCUUAUGAAUUGAAAGCCCAGCCAGCAACUGGUUUGGCAGAGUUACUUCUGCAAACGAAGAAUCGGACUGGCACGGCGGAAGCAUGCAACUACCAGCAUUUUGCAAGUGAAUACCAGGUGAAUGACGUAUAUGGGCAAAGUCAAGACAUCAAACAGCCUCGUGGGAUCCUCGAUACCAGGAUAUCGGAAUUAUUUUGGCAGUGCGAGAUGCGGUGCCGCGAAUAUCGGAAACUUGCCUAUUCGGUUUUGAAUAACUUCCGCCCUAUCCAUGAGAGAUAUUACUGCAUAGCAGAAUAUGUUCGGCGCGGCCGGCGGAUUGCAGAGGACAAAAUAGAACUUCAUGAUGAAGAAUGGAUAUCGGCUCAGGCAAUGUCGCUUCAAACCCGCCUGGAAUCAUUGCAGAUAGCCCUGCAAAUAAACAGUGAUGCACUAAAUUUUUGGAGAAUAUUCGCUCUGUGCAACGCUUAUAGUGCAGACGCCGAGCUUAGCCAAAGAGAUUUUCAGAAACUGGAACAAUUUCUCAGACUUGGUUACAUGGGAGAACGGCUUGAAUGGGAGGAUCUCCACCUGACAGCAAAGAUGCAUGCGAUUCUAUAUUCCCUACGGACCCUAAAACAACUCAUUGACGUCCUACAUCCCAAGAACGUGGAAAUAGUGAAAUUGAGGUCUACACUGGGAAGCCUCCCUCCGUUGCAUAUCAUGAUGAAUCCUGCUUGUCACCGCACCGCGUUACACUCGAGAUACAUCACAGCUCCACAGCUUAUAGAUUCAUUCAGGUGCCUGUUUCAAGCACACAAACCAACGUGCACAAUCCGAAUUCAUGCAACAUCGCAAUCUGAGCCCCCAUCUUUCUUGCUUACCGCAGCCACUGAGAAGGGCACCAUUGAUCAUACACACAUAUCAAACAUUUACGAGCUACUUCAGGAGCAGUAG